CGAAAACCUUAGUCGCUGUGUGGCUCAUGACAUUCGGGCGCGUGUAUUAAACAAUAGUACACAGCUGGACUGUUAACUGUGGUUUUGCAACUUUUACGUUGUGAUUAGCAUUUUUGAGCUUACAUUGCCAGCCACUGAAAAGAAAUCACAUCACUGAAAAAAUUACAGGAAGCAAAGAGCAGCUGAGACUUUUAAAUGGAUGCAAUUGAGGAAGCAUGCCAAACUGAAAUGACUAACAUAGAGAAAAACACUGUGAAUAUUAAAGAGGAGGAAGAGGAUUGUGAAUUGGAGUCUGCCCACCUCGAGGACAAGAAUCUCUCCAUUAAAGAUGAUAAUAAUGAACGACCAACCUUGAGCAUUAAAGAAGAGACUGAGGAAAAGGCAUUGAGCGAUGAGAUGCAGGAACAUAAAAACACACACCAAGUCAAAGGAGAAGACCUUCAUUCAGAGUCUUUCCUACAGCAUGGAUGUCAAGAUGGAUGUGGUUCACUUCUAGAAUCUUCUGUCAAAGGGAAAUCUGAAUCGGUGCUGUUAGAUUCAAGGAGGCCUGAGGGGAUGAGAGCAAGGAGAACAUCAGAAGACCAGCCAUCAUUUUCAGAUGAGACUGGAGAAAGUUUACAAGACAGACAGAGUUCCUCCUUGUCUUCGUUUCUUCACACUUCCCUUCACUUUGGGUCACAAAAGACAGCACUUGAAGAAAAUGUGAAGAAAUCAGUAUCUGGGACAGAGAUUUCAGUACCAACCUCCUUCCCAUAUUGUUCGGUGCCUGUUGUGAAAUUAAUAAGAAUAGAUGCUGUGAAUACUAAACAACAGAUAAUCAACACAAAUUCAGUUGCUAAAAAUAAAAGCAAUCGGGGAUGUUAUAUUAGACAGAAGACUCAUUGUUGUUCUGAAUGCGGCAGGCAAUUCUCAAGAAAGGCCAAUCUUUACAUCCACCAAAGAAUUCACACUGGAGAAAAGCCGUACUGCUGUCCUGAAUGUGGCAAACGAUUCUCUCAAAUAAGUAGUCUUCAGACUCACACAAGAGUUCACACUGGAGAGAAGCCUUUUUCCUGUCCUGAAUGUGACAAACGAUUUUCCCGACUGAACAGUCUUCAGACCCAUAAAAAAAUUCACACUGGAGAAAAGCCCUACCAAUGUGAGGAAUGUGGCAAAAGGUUCCCACUAAUGAAACAUGUUCGUAGACAUUCAAAAAUUCAUACUGGAGAGAGACUGUAUUGUUGUUCUGAUUGUGGCAAAGCAUUUUCUGACAGGAACAAUCUUCAGAUCCACACCAGAAUUCACACCGGGGAGAAGCCAUAUCAAUGUAAAGAUUGUGGCAAACGCUUCUCAGAUAGGAGUUAUCUCAAUACCCACAAAAGAAUUCACACUGGAGAGAAGCCGUACUGCUGUCCUGAAUGUGGCAAACAAUUCUCACAAACAAGCCACCUUAAGAACCACAUGAGAAUUCACACUGGAGAGAAGCCGUUUUGCUGUUCCAAAUGUGACAAACAGUACUCCUCAAGGAGCAGUUUUCUGAGCCACACAAGAACUCACACUGGGGAGAAGAAUAAAAAUACACUGUAAUGGCACCAUCAUGACACUGUGACCUUACUACAUGUGGGCCAUAUUUUUCCCAACUUAGAGAAACAUUGAAGCCAGGAAACCAGAUAUAAUUGUGCAGAAUUACAAACCAUAGAUAAUAGAAGUAUUAGUUGGAAGUCACUGCUUACAGUCAUGGGAAAAGUAAGUACACCCCAUGGAAAUUGUUGUAUUUUUCAACAUAUUUGAACAGAAAAACAGUAGAUCUUCAUGCAAAUUGUGCCUACAGAUAAAGGCGAUAAACUUCAAUAAAAAAAAGAAAAGAUUGCCUUUUCAACCAUUUAUUCAACAAACAUAUCAAGAGAUGUAAUGGUGUACUAGGGAAAAAUUAAGAGCACCUUUGGCCUCAGAAACUGAUAUUCCCGUAUUUAGCAAAAACGGCUUCUUGUAGGCCUUUUGCAUCACUGCCCACCAACCUCUGAUAUCGACUUGGUGAAACUCGUGACCACUCCUCUAAAAUUCAUUAAUUUACAAGGUUUCUUUGGGUUUUCUUGUAUGCACUGCCCAUUUCAUAUUCCCUCACAACAUUUUAGUGGGACACAAGUCAUGGCUUUGACUUGGCUAGUUCAUUACACUCAAUUUCUUCUUGUUGAGCCAUCUCUUUGUGGAUUUGGUGGUGUGCUUUAGAUCAUUAGCAUGGUGUAAGACCCAUUUCCAACUCAACUUCAACCUUCAGAUAGAUGGUCUGGAAUUCCCCUCAAGCACACUUUGAUAAGAUGCAGAGAUUAUUGAUAUCUUGAUGAAGGCAAGCUGCUCAGGCCCUGAGGCUUCAAAGCAACCACAUACCAUAAUACAGGGCGAGUCAAAAUGAUGUUAACACUAAUGGUACUGCUAUGUAUAUACGUAUAUACA